AUGAAAUCUAGGACAGAAGUGCUCAUUAUGGCGCUAUUGUAUAUACAGGCAGUAAUAGGCACAGCAGAUAAAAACGAAUCAAAUGGAAGAGGGUAUAAAAGAAAAAAUGAAAGGGACUUAGAUUGCAUAAAUAAUGUAUAUAAUGCAGAAAGAGAACAAGGUACAUCGGCCCAGAAUGUAUACCAAAAUUCAGAUUUACCUAAUAAAGUAUACUUGGCAGAGAAUGCAAGUGCUGGUAUGUGUAUAUUAGAAGCACUGGCAAAAUCAUUAAAUAAAGAAGAAUUUAACUUACCUGAAAUUAGAAGAAGAAAUAGUGCAUUUAUAAGAAAAAGUGAAGUGAAUUCAUAUAAAACACGUAAUAUAGAUAAAGCUAAUGGUAUUAUAUACUAUUUAAACUAUCGGUGUAAUAAGCAAUUAGAUGUACACUCUCUAGAAAGAAAUUGUAUUUUUAAGAAUAUAUGUAAGUUUAAGUUUAGGAAUGUACAGAAUGAAAUAGAGAAUACUGCUGUAGUAAAUAGGUCUGCUGAAUUCAUUAAGCACUGGUCUAAUGAGAAUUCUAAGAAUAUAUGGCUUCUUAUUAAAGAUUUAGGAGAUUCUAUUACUGAGAGAAUCUUUGUUAUUAAAGAAUACUUGUGUAAUAGUAGUAAUACGAUAGGUAAAAAAACAAAUCCUGGAUACUACCCAGAUAUUCUUAAAGAUAUAGUAGAGUACUCUAUAAAACAUGGUCCAUAUACAUACUCAUACAAGGAGUUUACUAUUUUUGCAUCUGCGCCUGGUAUGCAUUUAAAUAAAAAAGAGACUCUUGGUGACAUAUGGGUUAAAAAAAGAAUAAAUAUGUACUACUGCUUAAGCAGUAUGAUAGUUAUGCAGCAGAAUGCUUGCACAAGUGAGGAUAGUGAUGGAGAGUUAAAGAUUAAAUUAAACCAUAUUUUGUGUAUACCAGAGAUAUACGAAGAUAUGCGCAUUAUAUCAAAUGAAAGUGUAAACCAUUUAAUACACUUAAUAAAACAGAAUGUACUUAAAGUCAACACAACAGAGAAUAUCCAAGCAUGUGAUAUAAUUAUUAUGUUUAGUGUUAUAAGCUAUCUUAUAGGCAUAGCACAAAAAAACACAGAAUUAGUUGAUAUGCACUUCUUUAUCAUAAAGGAUAAGAUAUUUAAAGGAAAUUCUCAGAAUAAUAGCCUGCCCAAUGUGUUUAACUACGUAUUAUUUGUGAUGAGUAAAUUCUACUACUACUCAUCAAAUCUGGCAAGUGUAGAAAAUGACUGGAGAUACUCUCUUAGCUCAUUAGAAAGUAUGAAGCAUAUGGCUCUAUCAAGUGAUGGUAGUCACUGCUUACUCGGUGGAAGUAUCUUAUCAGAUAAAUAUUACGAUUUUAAAGCAGAAGUACUGGAAUACACCUACGUAAAUAAUAGAUUUGUUGUAAAUAAUAUAAACCUGUACUUUGACGUAAACUCCAGGCAGAAGUUCAUCCCACUCUCAAUUAAUUAUCAUUAUCACGUACAGUUUGUAGAUAUUACUAAACAAACCAUUGAAAUGGUCCAUCUCCCAUUCUUUAUUAAAAGUGAUGAAAAUUCUUCACUUCUAGUGUGCAUCCAUAGCAUUAAGGAUAUUGUGAUGUACUUGCAUAUAUUAUACUGUAAAGAAACCCGGCAGCCAAAUAAGAAAUGUAAAGCCAUAUACCCAUUUAAAUUCACACAUAGCACUAAAACAUGGUCAAUAAUUAACUUUACAUCUGAGGAUAUGUCUAAAACCAUAAAACAAAUAGAAAGUACUGGGUGUAAUGUUGUAUUCUAUCUAAUAGAAGAGAAUAUGUCAACUGCUGAACUUAUAUUCGCUGAGUUUUAUAAUCCUGAUCACGCGGAUAGUGCAGAACAAAAUAUAAUCCAUGAAAAUAUCCGUAUGAAGAUGCCUAAUAAUACUCAUGAAGUCUUCAGGAUACCCACAUUUUUAUCACCACUGCUUGUAUCUUCUAUAAUAUUCUCAGGAUAUUCGGGUUAUAUCCCACCCAAUAGAUUUGCUAAAGACCAAUUCUAUACAGAUUUAAUCCCUAUCAAACUAACCCAGAAUACUAUGAAGUAUAACCAGAAUGAAAGUGCCCUAAUCAAUGAAAAUACUGAACAUGCCCAGGAAUCAUCUAAAUAUACUAAAUAUUACUAUACAGACUUUAUCAUACGAAAUUCCAAUGAUAUAUAUGAGGAUAUAAAUUGCUACUUAAUGAAUAUUGAAUAUACUUCUGUGAAUAAUACUAGUUGCACCAUAAAAUGGACAGUUAAAAUGAGUCAAAAUAUAAGCGAGUACACUAAAUACACUUUUAAUAGUGCAUCUAUAGAUCAUAGAAAUAGUACCAGUAAGUGUAUAAAACCAGCUAUUGCAUCCUUUAUGGAUACAGUGCUUAGAAGACAUCCCAGUAGAGAUACGAUAAAUUAUGGAUUCUGUCUGUAUAAAACACCUUGUAAUGCAGAUUAUAAAUAUUCUCCUAUUUUUUGUUCUACUGCUGCGGAUCUCUUUGGUAUACUAAGAAAUAACCCGAAACUGCCACUUUUCUUUGGUAAUCCACGCCUUGAAAUUCCCACUUGCAUUAAAAAACAAGAAAUUCUGAAUAGCUCUGAUGGCAUUAUUUUUAUAAAAAGCAGUAAUUAUAGAAUGAGUAAUUACGGAUUACAUGCAGAGAUUAUAGACAUAUUAACACAAAAAUUCAACAGUUAUUUAUAA